CCACGCAUUGCACUCAUGCGCAUGCGCUCCAGCCAUUUUCGAACUGAACGGCGGGUCCUCGUCUGGUCUCCAGACAAGCUAAAGAAGAGUCGAAACGUAACCCAACUUUUGGUGUUAGUUAGGUAAUCCAUAAUCAAACAAUGACGAGUACGUUGAAAGGAAUUACCCUUAAAGGAAGUGCAGAGGUUGUGGCUGACUUCUUUUCUUUCGGCAUCAACAGUAUCUUGUACCAGCGUGGCAUCUACCCUCCAGAGUCAUUCACCAGAGUCAGCCAGUAUGAUAUGAACCUCCAAGUCACAGACGACCCCAAGUUGAAGGAUUAUCUCCACAGCGUGGUGUCGCAGCUCAAAGCAUGGCUACUCGACUGCACGGUGCAAAAGCUGGUGUUGGUGAUCACGUGCCUGGAAACCAACGAGGUGCUGGAGAGGUGGCAGUUUGACAUCGAGUGUGACAAGUCGGUGAAAGAGUGCAGUGCCCCCCAAGAGAAGUCCAUCAAGGCCAUCCAGAACGACAUCCGCUCAGUGCUCAGACAGAUAACAGCCACCGUAACGUUCCUGCCACUGCUGGAGACGCCGUGUGGCUUCAACCUCCUGGUCUAUACCGACAAAGACCUCGAGAUUCCGGAAAAGUGGGAGGAGUCCAGCCCGCACAUCAUCAGCCAAUCGGAGGAGGUGCGUCUGCGCUCGUUCACCACUUCUAUUCACAAAGUGACCAGCAUGGUGGCUUACAAGAAGGCAGACUCUUUCUAAAUACACACAUUCAUUCGUAUGUCAUUCAUAUUCAUAUUCAUAUUCAUAUUCACAUUCAUCGAUGGACUCGGGUACCAUCCACGACUCUAUAUCCAUAUGCUCCUUACCGGACAUUAAAAAUUCCUGACAGACGUGUAUGUUUGUGUAUUUUUCAAAAUGAAAAAGAUGGUCAAACAGAUUUUAUUUCAUAGAACAGCUGGGGGGGGG